AUGUCAGAACUGCACAGAGCUCGUAUGACAGACAUGACGGAGGCCCAGAAGAUGGCGAUGACUGCCGAGACGUCAACCCGAGAGCAACUGAUGCAGAGGCUGGAGGAACAAAAGAUGAACGCCAAGAAAGUGGAAAAUCAACUCCACAUUCAGAUUGAAGAUAUGCAGCUGUCGAUGACAAGAAUGGAGAAGGAACAUUCCAGAAGGGAAGAUGGAUUGAAGGAAGAAAUUGCUGACUUGCAAUUGGUUUCAUCACUAAGACAGGACAAAGCGCGGCUGAAGGCAGACCUGGAAAUGGAGAAAUCCAAAUUAGGAUUGCUCGAUGAGAAUAAACACAUGUUAACAGCUCAAAAAGAUGCUCAAAUCAGAAAACUUGAAGAUGAACUGAAAGACUUGAAGAAAGAAAAAAUAUUGCUGGAAAACCAGCUGGAGUUGGAGAAGAUGAGGGUUGAGUCAGAGCGCAAGAAGUACAACAUCAUAUCCGACCAGCUGAGAGAGAAGGACGAUUACCAGGAUCGCCUCUCAGCUAAAUCAUUCUCGUCCGAAAACUCGCAACAACAACCUCAUCAACAACAACAACAACAACAACGCCACCAACAAAUAACGCCGACGUCAUCCACGUCAUCGAUGACGUGGAUGAGUAGCAAGCAUCAGCACCAGCAGUCCGUGUAUGACAGUCUUCGCGGACUGGCGCAAAUUAACGACCUUGAGAGAACCCGCGAAUCAUUAUCGAGAGAGCUCGUGAAGGUCACCGUGCAGAAUGAAGAACUCCAGGACCGAAUGGAUAAGUUGAGAGACAUUCAACAACAGUACCAGGUUCGAUUCCUGUUGGGUCCAUUCUUGGAGAAUGCUGUUUUGGGUUUUGAUUUUGAAUGGUGA